AUGUCGCCUGGGAACAUCCUCUGCUCGUCUUGGCUGAUCGUCGUCGUUUUAAAUAGCUUCGUUAAAGCUGACUCGAAUCCGCCUUCAAUUGUAGGCACUUGCCAUGCCAUCGCCGAUGCUAUUUCCCCCGAAUCGAGCGUAUAUUAUCCUGGGUCGACCAAUUAUACUAAUGAUGUAGAGCAUUUUAUGGUGUCGAGUAGCCAGAACGCAACAUGUUCCGUUGAGCCUGGCAGUGUUUCCGAUGUCGCAGUCAUUUUGCGAUUGUUGGGGCAAAAUCGGAUACCCUUUGCAGUGAAAGGUGGCGGUCAUUCCUCGAACCUUGGCUUCUCUUCAACAACUGGCGUCCAAAUCGCUAUGACGAGAUUCUCCGAAAUCUUGUAUAGUGAAGAGACCUUGGCAGUCGACAUUGGCGCGGGGGUCCGUUGGGAAACUGUCUACACAACCUUGAAUGCAAUCAAUCGUACCGUGUGCGGAGCCAGAGCGGCCGGCGUUGGCGUUGCAGGUCAAACUUUAGGAGGCGGAGUGAAUUGGUGGUCAAAUCAGUACGGGGAGACUAUUGAUAGUGUGGUCGCAUAUGAACUCGUGUUGCCGAACGGAACUGUCACGACAGUGACGGAGGCAAACGAAGAUCUUUUCUUUGCCCUAAAGGGUGGCUAUAAUAACUUUGGAAUCGUGACCAAGUUCUCGUUCCGAACGUACGAACUUGGUAAAAUAUGGGCCGGGGAGCUACUCAUUCCGGGAGAGUCGCAGAACGCUCUCAAUACUGCCGUCGCGAAUUUUUUCUCAAAAACAACCGACCCGAAGGCUACCAUUGUCACACAAUAUAGGUAUCUGAACUCUACCUUGAGCUUCGAGAUUACUGUCUUCUACGAUGGUCCGAGUCCACCAGCUGGCAUCUUCGACGAAAUUUUGGCUAUUCCGAAGCUGCACGGCACUCCUGCCACACUCGACUUUAUACAGAUGCUAAACUUUGGAAGUCCUACCGCAUCGGGUACUCGCUUUGCCUUUGACGAUACCGAAGUUCAAAGCUUCUCGAAGUCAUUUUUGGAUUCCAUCGCAAACGAGACUGCGUUUGUAGGGCAGGCUCUGGAACCCCUCUCCGCAACUCUGGUCAUGUUCAUGAUCUGGCAAAACCUUCCUGACUACCUAUCACACGGUCUAGAGUCCGCUUGGCCUGCGGACCGCUCUUCAUUCCAUGCACCGAUCAACAGCUGGGCUUUGUGGGACGAUGCUGGUGCCGACAAGAGCAUCUUGGCUGGCUUGCAGGCUGGCGGUGACCGCCUGGCUAGAGUUGCCAUUGCGGAGGGGCAGAAUCUCACGGGGGCAUCAUUGUAUCCGAACAUCGUACCAGCAGACACGCCGCUCCAGGCCAUGUACGGCUCCCACAUCGAGAGGCUACAUGCUAUCAAGCAGAGGUAUGACCCUAAUAACGUCAUGGGUCUGGCUGGCGGCUUCAAGUUCUAA